GUCACGUGGGGAGGCGCGGGGUGCCUGACGGGAGCUGGCUGGGCUGAGGGCUGAGGGCCGCGGGGCCGGCGCCCGCCGCGAGCCAUGGGGCUGCCGGCCGCAUAGGGGCCAUGCCGCCCGGGUCCCGGGCCUGCCCCGCUCCGCGCCGGGAUGGUGAACCUGGCGGCCAUGGUGUGGCGGCGGCUCCUGCGGAAGAGGUGGGUGCUCGCCCUGGUCUUCGGGCUCUCGCUCGUCUACUUCCUCACCAGCACCUUCAAGCAGGAGGAGAGGGCAGUGAGAGAUCGGAAUCUCCUCCAGGUUCAAGACCACGAUCAGCCCAUCCCAUGGAAAGUGCAGUUUAACUUGGGCAACAGCAGUCGGCCCAGCAACCAGUGCCGGAACUCCAUUCAAGGGAAGCACCUCAUCACGGAUGAACUUGGUUACGUUUGUGAGAGGAAAGAUUUGCUGGUAAAUGGCUGCUGUAACGUCAACAUCCCUGGCACAAAGCAGUACUGCUGUGAUGGCUGCUUGUCCAAUGGCUGCUGCAGCGCCUAUGAGUACUGUGUCUCCUGCUGCCUGCAGCCCAACAAGCAACUUCUCCUGGAGCGCUUCCUCAACCGGGCAGCUGUGGCAUUCCAGAACCUCUUCAUGGCAGUCGAAGAUCACUUUGAAUUGUGUUUGGCUAAAUGCAGGACCUCAUCCCAGAUGAAGAAAUGGAGUGAAGUGACUUCCCUGGGCCCCAUGACGGAACCAAAACAAGACCUUCAUCUCCGGCGCCGGGUCCACUGUCCUUCCCACCACGCCUCGCCAGCUCCAACGCUGACUCAUCUGUAAACACUCCUCUGAGAGCAUACAGAUCUCGGUUGUCCAGGCCAGCAGAGGGGAGAGGUGGUAUAAGUAGCCAAAUUGGGUCAAUAAUCCAAAGGUCAUUUUCAUUCAGCCCUGGAGUAUGUUUUUCUGUACUCCUAAGAGGCAUGUUCACUGUUUUGGAAAGUCACGGUACUGCAGACUCUGUAACGAAGCCACCCAAGGACGUGGAACGUCAUGGGCCUCCCCAGGCUUCUAGCCUGGACCCCUCCCUGCUCCCCUCUCUGGUUUGUUUCUGGCUCCUUCGACUGAAGGUUUCCAGAAUUAGGGACCUUGUCAUAGUUUUGUAUGCCCAGAGCUUAGCAAAGUGCGUGAUACACAUCGGAUUUUAAGAAAAGAUCAGAGAAGGAAUGAAAACACCUUUAGUUUAGAAGAAAAUUUUUUAAAUUGUUAUGUUUGGGGUGAAAGGUAGUUGGGUAAUUCAAAGCAUUUCCCUCAGUUCUGAAUCUUAAUUGCCAUGCUCGUUGCUGGAGCAAUAAAGAUAAGCUAUGUUCUAACAGGGAAAGAAGCAUUCUGUAGAAAAAGGCGCUGCCUCCACAGGGCCUGGGACUUGGGGUGGCCCUGGACCUGGCGACGCUGGGGCUGGCAUCGAAGGGCGAGCUCAGCAGCUCUUGGAAAAGCAGGGGAUAGGAUUUUAGAGCAGGGUUUGCAGUUUUUGGCCUGCUCCCGGAGCUGACUUGGAGGCUGUCCAGGGAGUGCCUCAGUUGGUGAGGCUGCAAAGGCGCUGUGGGAGCCGUGUGCAAGGUUCCGAGCAAGCUGUUCCCAUCGUUGGGAUUUGCAGGUAGAUUGUAAAUGAACAGAGAUGUUGCUUAUUUAGUCUACUCUUUUUUUUUUUUUUUUAAUGGUUAUUGGAGUAUAGUUAUUUUACUCUGUUGUGUUAGUUUCUACUGUUAUUUAGUCUACUCUUCACAGGCUGGAGAGAAUUCGGCCUCGCAGUCAGUAACUCCUACUUAUUAAGGCAUGGCCUUGGGUAGUCUUUCCUCUUCUGAGUCCCAGGCCCUGCUCUGUGAUAUGGGAUCGCAUCUGCUCCUCGUGGGGUUGUUGUGAGGUGUUGGAGUGCGUAAAGGCCCAGUGCUGGGCAUGAAGUCCACAUCUGCAGUCCAGUGGGGGUCUGACAUCACGUAGUUGGCAACGUGGGGAUGGGUGGGCCCCUUGGGUGGAAGGGUGGCAACUACAGAGUUCUAGGUAUUAUUUUUACAACUAUUUUUAGAAGAACUCGUGCUAAAGAUAAUUUUUAAAAUGCAGGUAAUUCAGAAAUGUGUCAAGAUGAAAGUAAUAAUGACCUAAAAUCAUGCAACCUAGAGAUCAGCCCGUUUUUUUUCUCUUCCCUCAUGACUUUCUAGGCAGAUAUGAGAAUACUUUUUCUUCUUGAAAGCAAUCCUCUGAUGGACAUCCUUCUAUGUGACAUAUAGGCCUAUCUAAUAAUUUUUAGUGACCACCUGGUGUCGGUUUCAUGGAUACACCGUAAUGUUAUUAAUCCCUGCUGAGUUCAUUUAGCUUAUUACUUUUUUUUUUUUCUUUUUUGGCUGCUACAAAUAAUGCACUGAUGAUAUGCUUUCACAUACACGUUUGUAUGUUUAUUUGAGAAUGAUUUUCACCAAUUUAUACUCCCACCUAAACUAUGUGGGGAGUGGGACUUCCCUGGUGGUCCAGUGGUAAAGGAUCCGCCUUACAAUGCAGGGGACGCAGGCUUGAUCCCUGGUCAGGGAACUAAGAUCCCACAUGCCGUGGGGCAACUAAGCCCGCGCGCCACAACUACUAAGCUCGCAAGCCUCAACUAAAGAGCCUGCAUGCCGCCAACUACAGAGCCCACACGCACUGGAGCCUGCGCGCCACAACUAGAGAAGAGAAAACCCGCACGUCACUACUAGGGAGAAGCCCGCGCACCACAACGAAAGAUCCCGUGUGCCACAACUAAGACCUGACACAGCCAAAAAUAAAUAAAAUAAAGUAUG